CCUUCAGUAACUCUUGUUAUGGAUUGUUCUCCUGUAGGUGAGGUGUCCUGUAAAGUUUGCAGUUAUCAGGAUGUUCUGGAUUACUUAAACCUGACAGUGGACACCAGUGUGUUUAAACUGACCCGACCUGUUCUGGACCACACACACACCACAGCGGUGAAGACGGACCUGAUCCUCUACGCCAUUCUGUCGGUGCAAUGGAAAGACGAACGCAUCUCUUGGGAUCCAGCUCAGUUUUGUGGGAUCACUGAGAUUUCAGUUCCUAAAGGCAUUCUUUGGAGACCUGACCUCUUCAUCUAUGAGAUGGUAGAGAAGGAUGACUCUCCUCAAAAUCCAUACAUCCUGGUGACUCAUGACGGGACUGUCUAUUUUGACGAGGACAUGCGGGUGAUUAGCACCUGCAAGAUGGACGUCCACAAGUUUCCUUUUGACACGCAGGAGUGCAGCCUGUCCAUUGGUUCUGCAAUACACUGUGUAAAAGAAAUUAGAAUUUUUCCUUUCUCAAAUUCGUCUCGGGCCACGCAGUUUUCCAGAGAGGUAAUGAAGACACAGGGAGAGUGGGAGUUCCUGAAAAUGUCCGUCGAGAGCUCCAACAUCAGCUUGUAUGAUAGACGUUGGGAACUGCUAGUUUACAAGGUCACCAUAAAGAGGAGACCUCUACUCCACGUCAUAAACUUCCUGUUGCCCAUCCUGUUUUUCCUCAUCCUGGACCUCGCAUCUUUCUUCAUCGCUGACCAUCGAGGGGAGAAGCUGGGCUUCAAAGUCACGGUGCUGCUGGCCAUCUCUGUCCUCCUGCUCAUCCUUAACGACAUCCUGCCCUCCAUGUCCAACAGGACUCCACUGAUAGCGACCUACUGCAUUGUGAUCUUUGCUCUGAUGCUGCUCAGUCUGCUGGAGACAAUCCUGGUAACGUAUCUGAUAGAUAAAGACUCUGAAGAUGAACUCAGCUUGUGUGACAGUGGGGAGGAAAAAAACAAACAAAUGAAAACAAAAGAUUGCAGCACAGAAAUUAAAAAACAAAAUGGCUGCAGCUGCAGCUACAAAGUCUGUGAAAGUGAGAAGCAGCAUGAGCUCCUUACUGUGGAUGACGAGGUGAACUACAGCAGCCACUCGAGGGAUACAAACGCUUUGCAGUCGAUCCUGGAUGAGCUGAAGAAGCUGCAGAACAUGAUGCAUCGACAUUUUGGCCCCAGAGCGGAGAGAUACUACACCAUGCAGUCAUCAGCUCCAAAGAGACGCUGA